AUGUACACCGUGUUCGCAUUUGCGCUCCAGGCAUCGUCCGUAGCGGCAUACCUAGAGGAACCUCCGACCACUGCAGCCGCGGACACAGUAUCAGACUGCUCUAAUUGGCAUGUUGUGGCCUCUGGGGAUACUUGCGAUUCCAUUGCAAAGGACUGGUACAUCUCCACGGACAAUCUCAGGUCUUAUAAUCCGUCGCUCGCCUCCAGCUGCAAGCUCGUCGAGGGUAACUCCUACUGCACGGAGCGCAACUAUGGCGUCCCUGUAUCGACUCCGACUCCAACUACGAGCCUGGCAUCGUCGACGACGCCUGCUCCUACCAACGGCAUCACCACUCCCACACCGAUCCGUGAGGGCAUGGUGAACAACUGCAACAAGUUCUACUUCGUUGUCAAGGAUGAUAACUGCUACAAUAUUGCAGCAGCGCAGUCAAUCACCCUGGAUCAAUUGUACGCAUGGAACCCCGCAGUCGGAACUUCUUGCCAAGGCCUAUGGCCGCAGACAUACAUUUGUGUCGGCACUAUUGGAUUUACACCAGCGCCAUCAACAACACCAGUACCGAGCAGCACGAUCAAGCCAACCUCUGCCAAAGCUACCCCGACAAACGGCAUCGCUACGCCUACACCCGUUCAGGCAGGUUUGAUCAGUACUUGCAACAAGUUCUAUCUUGUCAAAGACAACGACAACUGCUAUGAUAUUGCCCAAACAUACAAGAUCUCACUCGACCAGUUUUACGCUUGGAACCCUGCCGUUGGCAGCUCGUGCGCCACACUCUGGCCCCGAUACUAUGUAUGCGUAUCCAUCAUCGGUGUCACCACAUUGACGACUUCGACAAGGCCAUCGACCACGGCGAAGCCAACCACCACGACGUCGUGGCCUGGAAAUGGAAUUGCGACCCCUACACCCUACCAAGCUGGAAUGACGAGCAACUGCAAGAAGUUUCACAAGGUUGUCAAGAACGACGGAUGCUGGGACAUUGCCAAUACGUACAAGAUUGACCUGAACAACUUCUACAAGUGGAACCCCGCUGUUGGAACUUCUUGUGGCGCACUUUGGAUUGACAACUACGUUUGCGUCGGAGUUUGA